AAGAGUCGAGGAUAAUAAAAUUGGAUGUGGCAGGCGGACCGGAGGCGGAAAGUCCGGAGUGACCGGAGGAAUACAGUAUUACUACAGGAAUACAGGCUGCCGCUCUCCUCUGAACGUGGACAAUCAUGCAUGUGCUCUUCUGGGGCUUGGGGUUCCUACUAUUCCCUGAUUUCUUGAAUGUAGUCGCUUCUACGGGGACAUUGCUUUUGAAUUCAAGCACAGUUAAAGAGGAGAUCGGCGCUUAUGAGAUUGUAACACCAGUACGAGUGAAUGAAGCCGGUGACAAUUUUCCAACUAGUGUGCACUUCAAGAGGAAACGGCGAAGUUUGGACGAGAACACCGGCAACACUACGGAUCAGUGGGCCUCGCCAAAUAUCCACUACAGGAUAUCUGCUUUCGGACAGCAUUAUCACCUCAACCUCACGCUGGAUUCGGGAUUUAUCGCACCUCUCUAUACUGUGACAGUACUUGGAGUGCCCCGAGGAGAUAACAUAACGGAUUUUGCAACAGAUGGGGAGGUGGAGGAGGAGGACACGGAGUUAAGGCACUGCUUCUAUAAAGGACUUGUAAAUGCAGAAGCAGAACACGCCGCAGUCAUCAGUUUGUGCUCCGGACUGCUUGGCACUUUCAGGUCUCCAGAAGGGGAGUAUUUUGUGAAGCCCCUACACAGCUAUCAAGGAGAACACUAUGAAGAGGAACACACAAAACCUCAUAUUGUAUACAGGAAGAGUGCACCCAAGAAACAGACAUCUGGGGAGAACUCAGCUUGUGACACUUCAGGACACAAACACAGACAUAAGAGACACAAGCUUAAGAGAGGGCCAGUGGCUGGGGUUCCCACUGUGACCAAUGCAGCCCCAGUGGUCAGUAUAUUCAAUGACGUGGAGUCGCUGAGUGCCGGCCUGGUCAGCGAUGCUUUGCUCAGAUUUGCGAGCGGCAGUGCUAGCGCCAGACCAUCAAAUGAUAGCAGCGGUGACUCAGGACCUCACAAGAGAUCAAAGCGCUUCCUCUCCUACCCGCGCUUCGUUGAAGCCAUGCUGGUGGCCGACAGCAAAAUGGUGGAGCAUCACGGCAGCAACCUACAGCACUACAUACUCACAUUAAUGUCCAUAGUAUCUUCCAUCUACAAGGACCCCAGCAUUGGCAACCUGAUAAACAUUGUGAUUGUAAAGUUAGUCAUAAUAAACAACGAGCUGGAUGGUCCAGUCAUUUCAUUUAAUGCACAGACCACUCUAAAGAACUUCUGCAUUUGGCAGCAGAACCAAAACAUCCCGGAUGAUAACCACCAAUCCCAUCACGACACUGCCAUCCUAAUCACCAGGCAGGACAUCUGCAGAGCAAGGGAUAAGUGUGACACCUUAGGACUCGCAGAGUUGGGGACGGUGUGUGAUCCAUACAGGAGUUGCAGCAUCAGCGAAGACAAUGGACUCAGCACUGCAUUCACCAUCGCCCAUGAACUUGGCCAUGUGUUCAACAUGCCUCAUGACGACAGUAACAAGUGUAAGGAGGAUGGAGUUAAGAUUCAGCAACAUGUGAUGGCUCCCACACUCAACUACAACACAAACCCUUGGAUGUGGUCCAAGUGUAGCAAGAAGUACAUCACAGAGUUCCUUGACACAGGAUAUGGUGAGUGCUUGCUCGACGAGCCCGUUUCUAGACCGUACAGUCUCUCACAGCAGCUGCCUGGGCGGAUAUACAAUGUCAAUAAACAGUGUGAAUUGAUAUUUGGACAGGGGACACAGGUGUGCCCUUAUAUGACCCAGUGUCGGAGGCUGUGGUGCACAAGUCCAGAGGGCGCCCAGCGGGGUUGCAGGACCCAGCACAUGCCUUGGGCAGACGGCACUGAAUGCUCUCCUGGAAAGUACUGCAAACACGGCAUAUGUAUAGCCAAAGAGGAUGACACCGCACCUGUGGAGGGGGCAUGGGGAGUUUGGAGCCCUUUUGGUACCUGUUCUCGGACAUGCGGCGGGGGCAUCAAGAUUGCUGUUCGCGAAUGCAACCGACCUGUGCCCAGGAAUGGAGGAAUGUAUUGUGUGGGUCGCAGAAUGAAGUUUCGUUCCUGUAAUUCUGAGCCCUGCUCCAAGCAGAAGAAGGACUUCAGGGAGGAACAAUGUGCGGCUUUCGAUGGCAGGCACUUCAACAUCAACGGUCUACCUCCAAAUGUUCGCUGGGUACCCAAGUACAGCGGAAUCCUGAUGAAGGACAGGUGUAAGCUAUUCUGCAGGGUUGCAGGCAGCACGGCCUACUAUCAGCUCAGGGACAGGGUCAUUGAUGGAACGCCGUGCGGACCGGAUACCAACGACAUCUGUGUCCAGGGCCUGUGCAGGCAAGCAGGCUGUGACCAUGUAUUGAACUCUAAAGCCAGGAGGGACAAGUGUGGCGUGUGCGGCGGUGACAACUCUUCCUGCAAAACUGUGGCAGGCACCUUCAACAUCGUCCACUAUGGCUAUAAUGAAGUAGUGCGAAUACCCAGUGGUGCAACAAAUGUAGAUGUGCGUCAACACAGCUACUCAGGGAAACCGGAGGAUGACAACUACCUCGCCAUAUCAAAUAGCCGUGGAGAGUUCCUGCUUAAUGGAGAGUUUGUGGUCAGCAUGUUCAAAAGGGAAAUCAAAGUAGGAAAUGCCGUCAUCGAGUACAGCGGCUCUGACCAUGUCAUUGAGAGGAUCAACUGUACUGAGCGCAUCGAGGAGGAGAUCAUUGUCCAGGUGCUGUCUGUGGGGAACCUUUACAACCCAGAUGUCAGGUACUCAUUUAACAUCCCCAUAGAAGACAAACCUCAGCAGUUCUUCUGGGAUGCCUAUGGGCCCUGGCAGGAGUGCAGCCGCCUGUGCAAAGGAGAGCGCAAGCGGAAGAUUCUCUGUAGCAGAGAGUCCGACAGGGUGGUGGUGUCAGACCAGAGGUGUCACGGUACAGCUAGACCUGCUGUCAUCACUGAGCCCUGUAACACUGAAUGUGAACUCAGGUGGCAUGUGGCUCGAAAGAGUGAGUGCACAGCUCAGUGCGGCCUGGGAUAUCGUACCCUAGAAAUAUACUGUGCCAAAAUCAGCCGUGCAGAUGGUAAAACCCAGAAGGUUGAUGACCGCUACUGUAACGGUCAGCACAAACCUGACGACAAGGAAAGUUGCCAUGGAGACUGUAACCCGGGUGGCUGGGAGUACUCGCCUUGGACAGAGUGCUCCAAGAGCUGUGGUGGGGGCACCCGUCGUCGAGGGGCAGUGUGUCGAAAGGCAGCCGAGGCUGGCGGCGAUGAGAGCAAAUGCAGUCAAAGGGACAAGAUGACCGUCCAACCCUGCAAUGAAUUCCUCUGUCCACAAUGGAAGACUGCCGACUGGUCUGAGUGCCUUGUUACAUGUGGGAAAGGCUAUAAGCACCGUCAGACGUGGUGUCAGUUUGGUGAGGACCGUUUAGACGACCGCCUUUGUGGCCCAUCUAAACCUGAGUCGGUGCAGAUGUGCCAGCAACAAGAAUGUGCCUCUUGGCAGGUCGGACCCUGGGGACAGUGCACUACCUCUUGUGGGCCAGGCUACCAGAUGCGAGCUGUGAAGUGUGUGGUUGGCUCUUAUGGUGCUGUCAUGGAUGACACUGAAUGUAAUGCUGCCACCCGACCCACUGACACCCAGGACUGUGAACUGGCCCAGUGUCCCAGCAGCCACCCUGAUCCCCCAGGGACUAAAGUCCCCUCCAAUCAGGGCCACAAAACACAGUGGCGGUUUGGUUCCUGGACCCAGUGUAGUGCCAGCUGUGGCAAAGGGACACGUAUGCGCUAUGUGAGUUGCCGUGACAACCAAGGUGGUGUGGCAGAGGAGGCGGAGUGCGCCCACCUACCAAAACCCCCUGCCAGAGAAAUGUGCUCAGUAGUGGCCUGUGGACAGUGGAAAGUACUUGAAUGGACAGCGUGCUCAGUAACGUGUGGCCAGGGGAAGACGACACGGCAGGUACUGUGUGUCAACUUCAGUGACCAAGAGGUGAACACUAAUGAGUGUGACCUAGACGAUCGUCCUACCACAGAGCAGGACUGUGCUAUGUCUCAAUGCCCGUCCCGCUCCAGUGAGUCCCGACCUUUCCCGUCCUCACCAAAUGCAAGCACCAGGAACAACCUGCCCCGCAGCCAAUCCCACCAAUGGCGGACUGGACCCUGGGGCGCGUGCUCCAGCACAUGUGCAGGAGGUUUCCAGCGGCGUGUAGUAGUGUGCCAGGAUGAGAACGGCUACCCUGCCGACAGCUGUGAGGAUCGCAGCCAGCCCAACGAGCAACGAUCCUGUGAGUCAGGAACGUGUCCACAGUGGAUCUAUGGCAACUGGGGAGAGUGCACCAAGCCAUGUGGAGGUGGGAUAAAGACGAGGCUGGUGGUGUGUCAGCGUCCAAACGGCGAGCGUUUCAAUGAUCUGAGCUGCGAGAUCCAUGACAAGCCACCAGAUCGAGAGCAGUGCAAUACUCAGCCGUGCCCGUCUAGCCCCCACUGGAGCACAGACCCAUGGAGCUCGUGCUCUUCCUCCUGUGGAAGAGGGUUCAAGUCCCGUAAGGUGGGCUGUGUGACCGGGUCAGGCCGCUCCGUCCCAGAGGAGAACUGCCAGCAUCUUUCCUCCAAACCCAGCAAGCAGAGACGCUGCAAAGGUGGACAAUGCCUCAAGUGGAAGAAUGGCAACUGGGGAGAGUGUUCAGCAUCGUGUGGCGACGGCAUCCAGCGGCGGGAGGUGUUCUGCCAGGCCGGAGACCGACGAAGCCCGCAGGAGACCGGCUGCUCCCGGCGCUCCAGACCAGCGUCCAGCCAGAGCUGCCGGGUGGCUGACUGCCCCUCCCGGUACAGGUGGAGAGAAGGAGACUGGCAGACGUGCAGUAAGUUGUGUGGAGUGGGCCACCGGCGACGAGCCUUGCAGUGCGUGGACCACAACCAGCAGGAGGUCCAUGAGAUGUACUGUGUGAACCAGAUCAGACCUCCAGAUAUAGAGAGCUGCGACACCCAUGCCUGUGAAUUGAUCUGGAUCACAGGGGAAUGGACUGAGUGCUCAGCCAGCUGUGAUCAGGGCUACCGCCAGCGUCUGAUCUCCUGCAGCGAGGUGCAUGCAGAGAAUGACAACUAUGAGUACGGCCAUCAGUCUUUGUCCAACUGCCCCGGGACCCCCCCUGAGAGCUACAUGCCUUGUAAUUUGGACCCGUGCCCGCAGCCACAGGAGUGGAGGGUUGGAAUCUGGGGACUGUGUUCAGCGAGCUGUGGUGAUGGCGUGAUGGAGAGGACGCUGCAGUGUGUGUCAGCAGAUGGUCAGGAAAGCAAUAGGUGUUCUCAAGACGGCAUGCCAGAGGCCAGACAAGUGUGCAGAAAUCCAAGCUGCCAUUUGCCUUCUAGCUGUCAAGAAGUCCAGAGCAUGAACGGCCCCCUCCCAGACAGCGAACACUUUCUCAAUGUUAAAGGAAAAGCACUCAAGGUCUACUGUGCAGGAAUGCAGACAGAGACUCCACAGGAGUACAUCACCUUGACGACAGGAGAAGGGGAGAAUUUUUCAGAGAUCUUUGGCUUCAGACUAAAUGAUCCCACCCAGUGUCCAGCCAAUGACUCCAGAAGAGAGGAUUGUGACUGUCGGAGAGACUACACCGCCGCCGGCUUCACCACCUUCUCUAAAGUGCGACUGGCCAUCAGCAAGAUGAACAUCAUCACUGCAGAUUGGCAGUUUGCUGUCACCCGUGAAGGCAAGAGUGUUCCAUUUGCUACCGCUGGAGACUGCUACAGUGCUGCACGUUGUCCACAGGGGCGCUUCAGGCUCAACCUCUCAGGAACAGGUUUUAAAUUGGCUCAGGACACCUCGUGGAGUUCCCAGGGCAACUAUGCGGUGGCAGAUAUACGAAAAUCACAGGAUGGGAGCAGCGUGUCAGGAAUGUGCGGAGGCUACUGUGGUAAAUGUUCACCGUCCUCUGGCUCCAGUCUGCCUGUAACAGUGGAGUAGAUCUACUGUAAUACCAUCAAACAGCAUCUGUUUCCAUUCAUCUCGGCAUCCCAUCUUCAGGUUCUCAAGUCAUCCCUCCUCUUUGGUGCUAUAGCAUAUCAAACCCGCCCUCACCUCUUUCACUCCCAUGUGUGUAUAGUGUAAAUGAAUCUGGUGUAAGUACUGUACAUAGCAGGAUAGAAAUGUCUUAUUUAUUGUACUCUCCAUUUAUUUUUGUAUUGUAAUAUAAUUUAACUGUUUUGUUGUCCGUAGCGAACACCACACAGUUGCCAUUUAUUGGGUUUUUGCCAGAAUAUGCCUUCCAAUUUACUUGCCAUUUGGACUUUUUAGCACCGUCAUUACUCCACACUGCAUGUGUUACAGCCAUAUGUGCCUUUUUAGAUAAAUUCAUUAAGUUGUGUUUAUUCCAGUAAUGUUGUGACAGCCACCAGACCUGUUCAUAUUCAGUGAGGUGUCUCCAAUCAGUGGGUCUGUUUGUAAACCUUCAGGCAAGAUUAGCAGACGCAUGCACAGAUGCCCAGUAUAACCAUCGUGCUAUUUUAUACUGUGUGCCAUUGAGCAGCUCCUUUAGAGGAAGUGUGAGUUUAGUGAAUUUUCCCAGUGAGAUGAUACCAGUAAGUCCAGCGAUCCUUCCACCUCUAAGUUUAUGUACAACUGUUGGAAGUGUUUUAUUUGUUGCCAAGUAUAUUUAAAAGUGGGUAUGAAGAACUAACUGUUCUUAGAUUGUGGUCAGGCUGCUCCAACUGCAUCUCUCCAGCUGUUCACUGCAGCUGCAAGUCUUCAUAUUGCUGGACGGGAGAGAGGAAAGUGCAAUAAAUAAUAACACACUGCUGGAAAUACAGCCAGGAGUUGAUGCCAUGAGAACACCUGCAUCCGGAAAAUACACACGUAUUGAUACUGGAAUUUCAGUUUUAAUGAAUGUGAACAAGGCACUCUGGGAAUGAAGUCAAUUCAGUCCUUUUUAAAGGCCCAAUGAGUUGGAUUUGUUGGUUGCGGUUUGUAAACACAACAUUCAAAGUUGGCCCCCUCCAGCCUCGGCUUUGUCCGCUUGGUGUUUCACCUCGCUAUAUUUGCGUUUUUUCAGUAAAAAAAUAUUUUUGUUGUUAAAAAUAUGAGAUGAAACUUCCAAUGAAUGACAUAGUGUAUACUAUAUUUCUUCAGUAAAGUAGAUGAUUUGAACCUUUUUAUUAUAUACUUAUAUAACUUAUAUAAGUUCAGCACCAUUCUAAAUACAUCUAAAAAAAGAUUAAUUCAUGCUUUAGGCUGAGUUGUAAAUGAUCACAGCUGCAACCUCUUUGCAGUAUGAGGACAGCAGGAGCAACUGUGAGGCGGCGAGGAAAUAAUAAUAAAGUAUGUUCCUGGAACGAAGUGUGUGUAUGUUGAGAAAGGGUUGGUGUGGAGGUGGGAUUUACAGGGUAGACGUGAGGGAGGAAGUGAGGUGUUUACCCAUACGCAAACACUGUACGCACACAAACGCAUAACUGGAUCAUAAGGAGAAGGUUGUAGGUUUCAAGAACUGUAGAGAUUAUGCUGCCAGACAUCAGAGAGAAACAAACUCCUCUGUGUUGUUGCAUAUCUCUUAGGUAUAGCGUGCCGUGAACAGGGAGAGCCAUUAGCCUUUAGCUUUCACAGGGCAGACAGGUUAUCUUAUGUGGCGAGUAACUUGAAAGAAAGACUUCACCUCAGGCCAAUAAAAUUCCAGUAGUUACUCCUGAGAUAUAAUGCACUGGAGACACCUCUCAAACAGCUGAGCCCGCGGCCCCGCAGCGAGAUUUCUGUCCAGAUGCUGCCUGUAAACCAUUGCCUUCAGUACCUCACACUCUUCUCUCCGUUUGUUUUCAGUCCAUCCAAACUGUACAUACUGACAUGCUCCUGUUGAGAGCAUUCUACUCGUGUUUUUUUUUUGCGACUUUAUCAGGGUACUUUUUUUGUAUAUGUGUGUUUUUUUAUCUCUCUAGCCAGGUUAAUGCAGUUUUGUGAGCUGAUUCUUUUUUUGCAGAAACAUUGAGACAGUCUAAGAAGAAAAACGAUAUACUUUUUUGCGUUCUUUAAGAUUUAACUACGGAAGCCCUGAGAGGCAAGUAAGGAAAAUAAUCUGGUGAACAUUUUCUAAUUGUGAUCAAAAUAUUUGUCUCUCCUGUGUUUAUGACUUAAGAACAAGAAAAAGGAUAAUCCUUUUGACUACUCUUUAUUUUUUCUUCAUCUGUGAAACAGUUGGAAAACAUUUUUUUGCCAGGAUAUAUAUACAUUAUUUUGUCAGGAUCAUUGUUCAUUGUCACAUGUUGUCAACAUGGUCUACUAAGACUAAAAUAACUGAUUAUAAUUCUAGCCAAAAGAAAGAUAUGACAGUUGCAUAACUUGCAAACACACAAUAUACAGUAUGUACCUUGUGUUUGAAGUUCAUGGAGAAAUUCAAACUUACCUAGAAAAUUCCUAUUCAGAACAUAUGGUAGUGGUGCAUUUCAGCCAGAGUAUUACAACAACAAACGCAAAUGAAUUAUUCUGACAAACAAAAACAAUUAUAAUAAUAAUUCUCCUGGCAAAACCUUUUUUUCAGAAAAAACAAACAUAUAAGGAACUUAAAAAGAUU